AUGCUCCUUAUUCCUUACUCUCCCUUGUCACGUCUCCCUUGCUUACUCUCCCCUACUUACUCUCUAUUUUCUACUUUCAUUUCGAAGCUGAACACGAGACACAGACGUCAAAGAGACGAGAGCGUUAUUGUCUCUUCUGCUUUCUAUCUAUUCCUUCAUUCCUUUCUUUCUUUCUUUCUUUCUUUCUUUCUUUCUUUCUUUCUUUUGUUCUUUCUUCUUUCUUUCUUUCUUUCUUAUUUUCUUUCUUUCUUUCUUUCUUUCUUUCUUUUGUUCUUUCUUCUUUCUUUCUUUCUUUCUUUCUUUCUUUCUUUCUUUCUUAUUUUCUUUCUUUCUUUCUUUCUUUCUUUCUUUCUUUCUUUCUUUCUUUCUUUCACACCAGCCUAUCUAUCUAUCUAUCUAUCUAUCUAUCUAUCUAUCUAUCUAUCUAUCUAUCUAUCUAUCUAUCUAUCUAUCUAUCGUCUCUUCUGUCUUCUAUUUAUUUUUUUCUUUUUUUUUCUUUCUUUCUUUCUUUCUUUCUUUCUUUCUUUCUUUCUUUCUUAG